AUGAGCGAAACCAUCCUUUCUGUAAAAAUCAGAGAAGCGGCCACAAGGCAACAACCGAAGCCCCAUAUCGCAUACGAGGUAGAAAUCCGCGCAGCAGUUCGUACAUGGGUAGUCUGGAAACGAUUCAGCGAAUUUGAAGACCUCAACAAAAAAUUUCUUCGACUAUUCCCCAAUCACCCGCCACCUGUCGACCUGCCCGUAAAACACUUCUUCCAGUCGACACUCGGGAACCCGGUGUUAGUGGAGGAACGUAAACGUGGACUUGAAGAAUAUUUGCAAGCGAUACAAACAGACCCUGAUGACCGGUGGCGCGAGACUGACGAGUGGAAGGAAUUUUUGGCGAUACCGAGCGGACGUCCGUUAGAUGCUAGCACAAUGUACACGUCAGAAAGCUGGUUGGAUGAGUAUAACCAGGUGCAGGCUAUUGCCCGCGAUAUAAGGUCAUUAUUGAACCGCCGCGAGACACACAUUGCUAGAAAUGAAGUGCAGGCAUCACAUAAUUGUAGUGUACAAGCAAAGAAAAGUUUGUCGACCCUUAAUGCACGAGUAUCACAACUUGAUGCCGGUCUACAAGGUUUAGCAAAAGGUUCCGGUCGGGAUGGACUUGUAAUGCUGGAAGGUGAACUACGACGAAGAAUGGAUAUGUUAAAUGAGUUAAAAAAUGAAAAAGAAUUAUUGUCGAAACUCGUGUUAGCCAAUCGACCAGACAUCAUCAAAGCUUCAUCACCGGCUAGCAACGUUGAUCGUAAUGUACUAUUCCGACAACCAGAAGCAUCAGCCAUUCGCCAACGAACAGCACCGCCACUGUCUCGAGCUGCUUCCGGAUCCAUCAUGACCAGUACUACUGCUAACAGUAAUAGUAGCAUCAUUUCCUCAAGUACUAAACCUGUUGCCUCGAGGCGUGUCUUCGGGAAUAAGGCUGCCUCGAUGCCCAGCGAGACUGAGCAGACACGAGGACUUGAUAACGAAGGACUGCUGCGAUUGCAACAACAGACUAUGCAGGAUCAAGAUCUUCAUGUCGAACAAUUUAGUGCAAUGUUGAGUCGACAAAAACAUAUUGGAUUAGCUAUCUCGGAAGAGUUGGAUAUGCAGAACGGUAUGCUGGAUGACCUAAAUAACCAAACUGAAGUAAUUGCUGAUAAAUUACGAUAUAAUCAACGAAAGAUUGCUAAUAUCCAUUAG